GAGGUCAUGAGUUUACUUGCUCACUAGGAAGGCUCGUUUAUCAAAACAACCUUUUGAUAGUGUUUAAAAGCAGCAUGAAGGGGGCUCAGAACCACAACAUCUCCAGCCGCAGCAACUAAGAGUAAAUAUUUAAAACAUACUUGUGUGUUAUUUUGAUUCUGAUGAACAGAAAAGGGUGUUUUUCCUGUACCGGUUAAGAAGAACUAAACAUAAUCACAAAGACAAAUGGAGGUAACAGAAAGCAGAAAGAGGUAGUUAAGUACAGGAUUGUGGUUAAUAAGUAACAGACCACAACAGCCUAACCCACUCUGCAAGGCCUGCUGGGAAAAUCUCUUGGCAAGCAGAGUGUUGCGUGUGUCUGUGUGUGCGUGCAGGGAGAUACUGCAAAACAGGAAGAGAAGAUACAACAGCGUAUACACUGACACACUCUUCGGCUCUCCGGCUGUCAGUUCUUCUUCUCUGUCCUCAGCAGACGGUCUCCCCUCUCAUGGGCAAAGCAAGAGAGAAAUCUGGGCCCUUAGCUCGGAGGCCGGACAACUCUGCUUUCAAACAGCAGAGGCUGCCUGCCUGGUCUCCCAUGCUAACGGCAAACACAGUCCUGCCCUUCUUCUACUUUAUGGCUCUGAUAUGUAUGUUUCUGGGAGUAUGGCUGCUUCUCACAGUGCAGAGCACACGGGAAAUAAAGCUGGACUACACAGAGGCCGGAACGUGUGAUAUAUGUUUUGAAAAACGUAAAAAUGUGAGCAACGCCAAUCAGGAUUGCACCUGCACCGUGGUGUUUCCUGUUGAGAAAGCAUUCAAGGGAGAUGUCUUCUUCUACUACGGCCUCCGAAACUUCCAUCAGAACCUCCGUAGAUACAUGGACUCCAGGGAUGAUGGACAGAUGGUUGGCAGGAAAUCGAGGCUAAAGGAACCCAGUUCAUACUGUAAGCCCUUUUUAAAGGACCCGCAAGGACGACCCAUCGCCCCCUGUGGUGCCGUGGCUAACAGUAUGUUCAACGACUCCUUCACUCUGAGAUAUCACGGCUCUACACGUUCUAGCGUUCCUCUUCCCGUUCCUUUGUUACGAAAAGGCAUCACAUGGUACACGGACAAAAAUGUCAAGUAUAGGAAUCCAAGAUCGGAAAACCUCACACUAGCUCAAGAGUUUGAGGGUACAGCAAAGCCUCCCUACUGGAAGAACCCCGUGUAUGAGCUUGAUGCUCACGACCUGACCAACAACGGCUUCAUCAACGACGACCUGAUCAUUUGGAUGAGAGAGGCAGCCUUCCCCAACUUCAAGAAGCUCUAUGGGGUGUUAUACCGAGCCAAUAAGCCCUUCACUAAAGGUCUACCUGUGGGGAACUACAGCAUCGACAUAUCUUACAACUUCCCCGUGCAGUACUUCCGAGGAAGAAAGGAAGUGGUCCUGACCACGCUGACCUGGUUUGGAGGUCAGAACCACUUCCUGCCCAUCGCUUACCUCGUAACCAGCAGCCUGAUCUUCCUGUUGGCUGUCGUCCUCACAGUUUUCUGGUGGAAAUAUGGGAAGAAUGGGAAGAACAUGGAGGAGUGAGGAGUAAGGAUGUGGUCAUGAAUGGUAAAGAAACUCUGCAGCAGCUUGUACUUAAGAUCUGUUUUCAGGGGAACAAACCUGAAAUGACAAGAAUAUUGAUUAUAUUUUUAGGGAAGGGUUUAAAAUUAAAUAUAUCAGGCAAAAUAAAACAGCAAACGAACGAUGAAUUAGGUUUAACUUCUGGAAAUGUAUUGUCCCUUUCAACUAAAUGACCCUCACACUUCAGCUUUAAUUGUGAUGUACCUCCAAAAGCCACGUGUUAACACAGACUCCAAGCUAUCUUUACCUGUUAAUACUUGAUGAACUUUUAUACUUUUAAACACACACCACUAUAGUCAUGUACUGUUCAUAUGUGUUAAGACAAUCAUAUUUAUUAGAAAUGUUAAAUUACCAUUUGGAAAAUUCUGCCACUAGCUUGUUCCAUAUGUUAAUAAGAAAAAAUACACUUUGAUACAUGUAUCCUAAAGUACAUCAGUGCUUAAGUUGUGUGAGGCUGUUUUUUUUAGCAGCAGCAGCAGCACCAAGACUGAGAAGUGUCAAACAGCAUGCCUGUAUGGCUGUGGUAUGACGUGUAAUAUGCCGGUAUUUUAGCAGAAUGUGCCAGCUCCCUUAUCGGUAUGCCACCUCACAUGUUUGUCUUUAUUGAUGACCACCAUAGCCAAUCAGAGUUAUGGAUAGCAGAGAGAAUGUGAUUCAACAUCUUAGAAACAUUUGUCUUGGGUAAAAACUUUGAAUGGCAAACUUUUUUCUAUCAAUGUAGAGUUAGCUGUUUUUACCUUCACAUAUAAGACAGGCAACAGUGUAAGGCUGCAUGUAAUGAUGUUAAGUGGGAUUGCUUUCCAUGUGCUUUGGAUUGCUCUGACUGUCAACACAGAAGUACCAAACAACCAUACUUUCAAUACAUAUGAAAGACAGAUAAGAGAAGCAAACACAUUCAUUUCCCUCACUGUGCUGAAACUACAUAGUCAGUGAAAAUAAACGUGUGGAGCCAUGCUUGUGUCAAAUUCAAGCGGCAACCUCCGGUCUAAUGCUAAAAACUGCAGUUCAUCAAGGAUCCGCUUGAGGCUGGCUCCGUAAGUAUCGUAAACCACAUACACACCAUUUCAAAAAAGCCGAUCUUUACAGCAGAAAUAAACAUGUUUACAGCCUGGUACAAAAGAUGAGUGUAGUCUGGAUAGCUCAUUUCUUGAUUGGCACACACUGCACGGGGGGUGAAUUUUUUCUAACGUGGCAAUUCCGAAGAUAUUGAGAUUACGAGUCUUCCAAUGAGAGGCACAGCUGACUUGAUUGACAAGCGGGAACACUGUAGCUGUUGGCUAGGAGGCUCAAAGCCCGCCUCUUUAGCAGCCAGCAAUAUGGCUGCCGCCGACGAUUGGCUUCAAAACAGUGCUUUAGAAACAGAUGGGUGACGUCACGGAUGCUACGUUCAUAUUUUAUACAGUCUGUGGUCAAACUACAGGGGAUCAAGCACAUGCCGCUUGACCCUAGUCAUACUGUGCUGCUGAAAUAACCACUUAUGCUGAGGCAUGACGUUUGUCACUUUUCAAUCUCGCUGAAUCAAAGUGCAAAGUGUUUCAUGAUCAUGUAGAAGAAGUUAACACACAGAUGUUGUCCAUGUUUACAAUUACAUUUGACAUUUCUAAGUGAGCAAGCUAAGGCUAAUAGGGAUAUUAUUGAUUUUCAGGUGGUGGUCACAAAUUUAGGUUAAUCUGUAAGGUGAAGUCAGGAAAUCAACGUGAAUGUUCAAGGUAAUCCAUGAAUGUGUUUACAAAAUGUGUCUGGGCAGAAAAGGUGGAGUGACUGACGUACAGAAGGGUGUUUGUCAUCCUUGGAGCAGUUCACUUUGCUAACUACAAAAUUAAGCACAAUUUUAAGAGCUGAAUAGGGCCUCUGAACUUUUCAUUUUAAAAAUAAGGCAUUUCUUUCUGACUUUUAAGUCUUUUUUUUAACUAGCCUAAGCUCCAAACAUUUUUUUUUCAGUUGCCCUAAUCAUCUUUCUUUGAUAGUUAGUAACAGAAAAUGUUAAUUUUGUAAAUAUUACUUGAUGUGAUUGAAGUGUAAUUGUGAAACCUGUGAAUUUAAUUAAGUUGAGGAAACAAACCAACCUCAGUCACUUGUCCAGUCUCUGUGAAGGCCGGUGAUACUUAAUCCAGACGUGAAUAACUUCCUUGAUAACUUUUUUACACCGUGUGUUCAUAAAUGUGCUCUGAGAAAUAAAAUGUUUUAAAGACAGAUAA